GAAACUUUCAAGUCCCCCCUACCUGUUCAUUUUGUACGAACCGUACAUAUAUCAAUAACCCACUUGUUUUCGUCAAUCGACAUCAACUCUCAAAUUCAUAAAAAAUGUCUGGAAAAGUUAGCGGCAAAGCCAAGUCUGGUGGAAAGGCUUCUACUGGGGACGCAUCUUCCAAAUCUCAAUCGCGCUCGGCGAAAGCAGGUCUUCAGUUCCCUGUUGGUCGUGUGCAUCGGUUGUUGAAGAAAGGGAACUAUGCUCAGCGAGUUGGUGCCGGUGCACCUGUUUACCUCGCUGCCGUUUUGGAAUAUCUUGCUGCUGAGAUUUUGGAGCUUGCUGGAAAUGCAGCAAGAGAUAACAAGAAGCAGAGAAUUGUACCUAGACAUUUGCAACUUGCCAUUCGUAAUGAUGAAGAACUCAACAAACUUCUCGGCGAUGUUGUCAUUUCGCAAGGUGGUGUUGUACCAUUUAUCAACCCUGAGCUAUUGCCAUCAAAAACGUCGAAGGGAAAGAAGGACAGCCAAGAAGUAUAAUCUAAUUGUCUCUUUGGUUGACCGUAGAGGGGGGUUAGUGGCCACAUUCACAUGUGGACCAUUGGAUGUUCAUGUAUUUUUCCAUGUAUUUUAUAGUAUUAUUUUACUUAUAUUAUUGUC